UAUUUAAGCUUAGUAAUCUCGAAACCCACAAUUCCCUAAACUAAGAUUAAUUUCCUCCAAUUUAUAAGCUUCUAUCAUCUUCCUAAUUGGUUUUUAUUUUCUUUUACUAGAUGAAACCUCCAACAAAACCAGUUUGUCACCAUUUCUUCAAACCGUCAUCUCUUAAUUUUCAUUUCAACUUUCUCAAGUAUGAAGAAAAUGCUUCACUCUAUACACUCAUUUCUUAUUUUUCCACUUCACAAUCAUACAACUCCGAAACGAAGAAUUUCGUUAAGGAGUUGAAUGGCGAUAUUACUUCAUGUCCAAACUUACUCCGAAAGAAAAAAUCUAAGUUUGCUCACUUUCUUGGUUCAUCUAACGACAAUUACUUAAAUACGUUCGUAUCACCAGAAAAGCAAUUAACAGGUCGUAAUGCGAAUACCAAUAGCAAUAUUUCAGCUGAACCACCAGUUGAAGGCUCAACUGGUUCAUCGAUUCGAGAACCAAAUAGUUUAUUGUUGUUUAUGCAUCAUUCGCCUGUGAAAAACGCAAUGUGGGAAGCGAGAUCGAGUAUUUUUGGAAGGCCAUCAAUAUCUGCAGUUGCUCAGUCUCUUCAAAAUGAUUUGAUUGCUAAAACACCGUUGAGGAGUAGGACUAGUGUUUUAUUCAAAUUUUCUUCUGAUUAUGAACUUCGGGAGCGAUAUAGAAAUCCCAGGAAUGAGAUUAGGAUUGGAAAAUUGGUAGAAGACCUGGAUGCUUUGGCCGCAACCAUUUCCUAUAAGCAUUGUUCCUCUAAUGAUGGAAGCGCUAGGUCCAUAAAACUGGUGACUGCAUCUAUGGAGAAGAUGAUUCUGAAAAGAUCUAUUCGUAUUGACACUGAUCUCACUAUAGAAGGGGCUGUUAUAUGGGUUGGAUCUUCAUCUUUGGAAAUUCAACUUGAAGUGAUACAAUCUACACCAGAUCAUUUUCCUGCAGAAACAUGCAAUACCACAGAGUCAGUUGCUCUUACAGCAAACUUCACAUUUGUGGCCAGAGACCCUAUGACUGGAAAAUCAGCUCGAAUCAACGCGAUUUUACCUGAAACUGAAAAAGAAAAACUUCUUUGGAAAGAAGCAGAGGAGAGAAACAAAAUGAGAAAGGAGAAAAGAGAACAACAGAAGAUGGACACAAAUGGAGACAAUGGAAAUAGGCUGAUAAAUAAAUUGUUGGCUGAAGCUUUGUUAGAUAGAGACAGCAUUCUAAUAAAGGAAACUUGUCUUCAAAAUUCUUUGAUUUGCCAACCUGAGCAAAGAAACAUUCAUGGUCAAAUAUUUGGAGGUUUCCUAAUGAGGAAAGCUUUUGAAUUGGCUUAUGCAACAGCUUAUUCAUUUGCUGGAAGUACACCUUGCUUUGUGGAAGUUGACUGUGUUGAUUUCUUGAAACCUGUAGAUGUUGGAGAUUUCCUCCAGCUCAAAUCAUGUGUUUUGUAUACAGAACUCGAAAAUUCAUCUUGGCCUCUGAUUAAUGUGGAAGUGGUAGCUCAUGUUACACAGCCGGAACAUCUUUCCAGUGAGGUUUCGAACAAUUUCUACUUCACCUUCACCGUUUGCUCGGAUUCACUAAAAAAUGGUUUAAAAAUUAGGAAUGUUGUCCCUGGUACAGAGGAGGAAGCACGGCUUGUUAUCGAACAUAUUGAUGUUAACAAGCAGAAGAGAUUGAAGGAAUGCGUGUAAACAACUGUUUUGCGCCUAAAAGAUUUUAUACACAUAUACUUUACAAUACAAAUGUACAUUUAUUCGUUAUGGGACUUUAUUACAUUCUGUACACACACAAAAAUUCAAGUGAAUUUCUAACACUCUCUUA